UUGCCAAUCUCUUUAUUUUUCCUAUAAUUUCUCCUUCUUUAAUCCCUUCUCUUCUCAUUCUCUUCCUCUUCACGCCGCCUCUCUUCUUGUUCUUGUUCUUCUUCUUCUACACCUACACCCCUUUUUCCUAUUCUAUUCGAUCAUUCUUGGAAACCCCACAUUUUCUUUGAUCAAAAAACUCUUCCUUUUCCUCUACAUUUUACCCCCUUUCCCCCCUUUUUCCUUCACUGAUACGUGGGCCUUCCUUAUUUUCUCUAAUCGCCUAUUGGGCGAAGAUAGAAACGUUUGUGUGUCACUGUAUCAUUUAUUCUUUAAGUGAGGGGUUUGCUUUUGUUACCUUUUGGUACAGUGAGUUUUUUGUGAGUUAGUUACAACAAUGGAAGAGAUGCCUAAUGAAAAUGAAUUCGAAGACAUUGCGAAAUAUAUUGGCAAUCAGAUUCCUAAUGUUGCAUCUGGUAAUGCAGAUCCUGAAGGUUUGUCAUCAAUAUCUGUGAGUUCGUAUGAAGGAUCUUCCAUGAGAGAUUACCAUAGCAACGGGAACUUGAUGGAUGGAAAUAUCUCUAUGAGUACACUCCAGCAAUCAUCUAUGGAUCACACUUCAACUAGGCAAAAUUUUGUACCGGGCGAUCAGUCAUUGACUCGUGCAUUUGAAAAGUUAAACUUUGGUGAUGAGUCGAAGGUGCGUGCUUGGAAGUCUCGUGCCAUUCUGUUGGAAAACCAUUACUCGGACAACUUGAGCAAACAGUUACAGAAUAUCGAUCCGUCAGUGUUUGCUGCUUGGAGUUCUUCAAAUCACUUGACUAAUGGUGUUCAUGAUUCCCAUUCGACAAGACUUGGCCACCAAAACUCUCCUUCCAGAUAUAUACCUGAACAGUACAAGAAGUGGCAAACUGGUCAACUUCAGCCAUUUGAGUCUUUGUCCCCUAAUGCACAUUUAACCCAUGAGGUGGCUAAUGUGUCUGGUCCGAAUUCACAGUUCCCAAUUGCAUCUCAAAGGCAGCAAGUUCUCCACAAUGGGCGACGUUGCAUACAUCCACAGCAAUUGGAACGUCUGCUUCCAAUUCAACAACAUGAAAACAUUGCAGGUAGGAUUUCAAGUCAGAAUCGUAAGCCUCAAUAUUACGAGGUUCCAAUUGCUCACCAUCUUGAACAGUCUAAUCAUGAACCAACAUGGAAGCCGAGUGCAUUUUGUAGGGGUUCAAACCAGUUAAAUUCUGUAUUUUCAACACACUAUAUGGACACAGUUCAAGGUAUGGAAAAAGUUUCCUUUCCUAGAAAGAUCCUUGGUAGAAGUCCUGGAAUGAACACUGUUGAUGCUAUGAGGUUUAUGUCUAUGGAUGCUGAUAAAUCAUCCAAUCAUGUCAACCAAUGUAGAUUUCUCCGCCCAAAUAGCUUUUUUCGGCCCAACAAUUUGUCUACAGCUAAUGAAUGCAUGUGUCGUGAUCACUCUUCUGCUAUGUACUCAGAAUCUCCAAGUCUUAAGUUAGUGCCGGAGAGAUUUAAUUCUGUUGAUGAAGUUCGGGGUAGAAUAUUUCUCAUGGCUAAAGACCAACAUGGUUGUCGUUUCUUGCAACGGAAAUUUAUGGAGGGUACUGAUGAAGAUAUUGAGAAAAUUUUCAAAGAAAUUAUUGAUCGUGUUGUUGAACUCAUGAUGGAUGCUUUCGGAAAUUAUUUAGUACAGAAGCUGCUUGAAGUUUGCAAUGACAAUCAGCGGAUGCAAAUCCUACGUAGAAUUACACAGAACCAUGGUGAACUUGUUAUGAUUUCAUGUGACAUGCAUGGGACUCGUGCUAUUCAAAAGGUUAUUGAAACCCUUAAAACCCAAGAGCAAGUUCACAUGAUUGUCUCAGCUUUGAAGUCUGGUAUAGUGACUCUGAUGAAAAAUAUAAAUGGCAACCAUGUGGCACAACAUUGCCUUGAUUAUUUGAUGCCUAGUUGCCGUGAGUUACUGUUUGAUGCUGCAAGAAAUAGUUGUGUUGAUCUUGCUGUUGAUCGCCACGGUUGUUGUGUACUUCAAAAAUGCCUCAGUUGUUCCGACAGCACCGACCGUGAUAAUUUAAUCAAUGAGAUCACCCAAAAUGCUCUGAUUAUUUCCCAAGAUCAAUAUGGGAACUAUGUUGUACAGUUCAUCCUCAAGCUUAAUCUUCGAUGGGCUACAGAAGCUAUACUCAAACAGCUAGAGGGUAAUUAUGGGGACUUGUCCAUGCAGAAGUAUAGUAGCAACGUUGUUGAAAAAUGCCUGCAAUUUGCGGGAGGACAAAUUACUAAAAUUGUGCUUGAAUUGAUUAACGAUCCCCGAUUUGAUAAAAUCAUGCAGGACCCAUAUGGCAAUUAUGCGAUUCAAACUGCUUUGAAUAAUACUGAGGGUACUCUUCAUACUAAAUUGGUGGAAGCCAUAAGGCCACACGUUCCGGUACUAAGGAUGAGUCCAUAUGGGAAAAAAGUCCUUGCAAUAGUUGGAAAAUCUAAUUAACUGGUUACGAGAGUGAGAACUUCUAGUCAUUAUUUCAUCUUGGUAAGAAAAACACAACUGAUAUUUGUUUUCCUUCAGUACUUUCUUUUGGUAAAAAGGGACCAGGUCUACCUGGGAAGAAAACUCAUCAAAGGUGAAGACAUCCACAUCUCUUCACUUCUAAUUGUUGUUUUGGAUAAAAAGGUUUAGGAUGCGUAAACAUUGGUCGGUCGGUAAGUCAGUCGUUUGGCUCGUUGGCCAUGUUAUUUUUGUUGUUUUUUGUUUUUUUUUUUUCCGUUUAUUUGGCAUAGUAAAUAAAGGUGAAGGUAUAGAGAUGGGGAUAUAUGGAGUGUUGUACAUUUGUUGGGAUUCUGUUUUCUGAAGCUCAAUGCAUGUAGAAGAAAGAAGGGUAAAUGUGUGAGAAAUAGGAGAGUUUUUUUUUUCUUUCUUUUUGGUUUGAUGAAUUGAGGCUAGCUUUGUACUAUGCUUGCUGCUCCGCAGCUGCUAUAUAUCUUUUUUGGUUGGGCUAUGAUGUAAUUAUGACUCCUGUCAAUUAUAGCAAUUUGGGCUCUGUUUAUUGUUCUGCCU